AUGGGUAACAAGGGCGCAAAGAAAGGAAAACCAUCAUCUGAACUUACAGCCAAGGAAAUUGCCAUGCUCAAAGCAAACACCAAGUAUAGUGAAAAAGAAAUUCGUGAAUGGCACGCGGGUUUUCUUCGUGAUUGUCCUAGUGGCAAAUUGGACAAGAAGAAAUUUGUCGAGGUUUACAAACAAUUUUACCCUCAAGGAAAAGCUGAUUCUUUCUGCAAACAUGCAUUUGCCACAUUCGAUUCGAAUAACGAUGGCACAAUUGAUUUUGAUGAAUUUAUCUUAGCUAUUGCAGCUAGUAGCCAAGGAAAUCUGGAUGAUCGUCUCGAACUUGCAUUCGAUAUGUAUGACAUAUCUGGUGACGGACAGAUUGAUCAAAAAGAAUUGACUACAUUGAUCUCAGCUAUGUAUGAUCUUGUUGGUGAAACUGAUCGUAAAGGCGACAAAGAUCCGAAGAAACGGGCUGGUGAUAUCAUUGCAAAACUCGAUGUUGGCGGUGACAAGAAAUUAAGCAAACAAGAAUUUAUUGCUGGAUGCAAAAACGAUCCAGUCGUUCGUCAACUUCUCGCUCCAAAUGCUUAG